UUAGCAGAUUAGCGUCACAAACUCUCCGACUGUCGGUGCACAAACAUCAACGACAACAAGCAAAGAAGACUUCUCCGCCAACUACAGGUGCAUUUCUUUCAUUUUUAUUCAUUCUUGUGUUCUUCAUUUCUCAAGGACUGAAGAGUUUGAACUUUUUUUUUUUCCUCAAGUGAAUGGUGGACUAUCAUUCGUGAUCUGAUCUAAUCACAUUGUGGGUGUUUUUUUUUUUUUUUUUUUUUAAAGGAUUGCAUUUGUGAUAUUAUCUACAUUCUAUCCUGUAUUUUUGGUAUAGAUCUUGAGGUCAGUGACAGAUAUCUGGGGUCAAAACUAGAAAGACUGAUAGAACUCAUUACCUGAUCCAGGUAGUGGAGUUGUAGGUCUGUGGAGGUUGGUUUUUGUAAAGGACAGCAUUUACACUGGACACUUUUUGAGAGGUGGUCUCCAGGAUGAUCUCAUAUGUGGACUGUCUGGGGGGUGAUGCAUCAGGGCAAGUCAUAGCGUCCCGGUGCUGGAACUCUCCACCAGAUGAUGAGCAGAUUGAGCUCCUUCCACGUAACAUGGCCGUCUUACAGCCGAGGACUGAGGGAAGCCUUCGGCGAAGACUUCUAAGUGCCAGAAUCCACCAGAAUCACAGAGAGCGGCUUCAGGCUGAAGCAGGAGGAAGCAAGCGUUUGCCACCUUAUUGUCAGAGUCCAGGUCCUUUGCUUCAUUCACCUCUCUCCCCGCAUCCCCACGUGCACCCGUCCCAGCCUCCUGAUGCUCAUGGCAGGCCUCUCUUUGCUCUGGAACAACCUGUGAAACAAGGCGCACCCUCUCUUCAGAUGCCCUUGGCGCCCUCCACUCACCUGCCUCGCUCUGGUAUCAUCCAGCGGCGCCGCACCAGCUCAUGCUCGCCGAACCCAGAGCCACGCUUCUGCUACAAACUCCCUACCCAUCCCCAUGUCAACAGCGCUCCAGCUCAACUCCCAGGCCUGUGUCCCUCAAACAUGGACGUUCCGCCACAAUAUCGGUACCAACCCACCAAGAAGAGGGGCUUGUUCUCUUUCAGAAAAUGUCACAGGAAAAAGACAAUAAAAACCCCAACACAGUCCACACCUCUUCUGCAGACACAUCCAGGAGAUGAGGACAAGAUGCAGUUGCUUCAUUACAAUACCAAAAAAACACAGCAGGGGCUGCUGUUCCUUCCCAAGAGCAAACAAGGAGCAAGCUACUGGCAGAACCCUCCUGAGGUUGAAUCCUUUGCAACAUGUGGCCAAUCGAGGAACAGUAGUGGGUGGCAGAGGAGAUUUAUCAACCUGAAGGGUCGGGUGGUGGACUUUCUCACCAAGUCAUGCUUUUCAGUUUGUCUGAAAUGGAAAAGAAGGAAGUCUUCAGAGUCCAUAGAUGAGGAACAAACAUCAACACGUCUGAUCAUGGAGCCCAUCCAGCUCACCUCCAGCUGGGACACUGGCAGUCCUGAAAGGCUCGAUCUGGUUCGCCUUCCCACACCAGAGGAGCGAAUGAGGCAACAGGCAGAGUGUGUUGCUGCAGAAGUAGUUCCCAUCAACAUUACAGGUACCAAGUGCAAAAGUAGCCAAAUCUUAGACCUCAGAGUAUUGUGAAUACCAGCUUGUACCUCACUCUGGAGAUCUUUGUUCAAUAUACGUGACCACAAACAGAUAUGUUUUCUUAUCUCAUGAUUGAGAACAAAUGUCAGCUGCUGUCUGACCCUUUGCUCUCCAGGGAAUAGCUUUGACCGCCAGAAGGUUUCUAACAAGGGAUUAUGGAGCCGAAAAAAUCGGAAGAUGAUCCUUCGCAAAUCUGGUAGUGAAUUAAAUGAAGACGUCGCCCAGGAGAAAGCCCCAUUUCUGCCUCCGGUUUCUGAUGAUGGGGGUCCCAUCCUGUCCCCAGAAGAAGUUCAGGUGCGCAGGUGCAAGAAGGAAACGUUGUCCAGAAGGAUCAGGGCUCCAAGAGGCGAGGGAAUGUCCAGUCUCAUGGCGUCACUCACCUGCGCUCCAUGUACUGGCCAUGCAGAACCAUGGAGCUACAGGCCUCUUUCUUCCAGCUCUAGUUUGCUAAGUGAGAGCUGCUCUAGCAGCAUUGCCCAGGACACAAACUCUGUUUGUGGGGACUGGAGCCGUGAGCCCCUGCUCAACUGUGGUUCUCCCAGUCCAUGUAAUGCGAACCUUUCCAGCUACUCUUCAUUAGACUGGGAGAGAAGAAAGUCUUUCUCAUCCACCUGCUCCUCCUCUACCUCAAGCAGCAUUGUUCUGCGGAAGAGCAAGAGGCCCCCUGCGCCCCCCAUACGCUGUGACUCUCUGAGGAAGAGAGUGCGACGCAGGCGAUCGUCCCUAUCCUCCUCCUGCACCCUGCCUCAGUGCCGACCUACUCUGAAUCACUACGCUUCUCUGGACCACAACUUCACGCAGGACAGCACCUCUUGUUCUGAGAACAGAAGCCAGUCUGGUACAAGUAACAACACUUGCUUUGAAGAGAAUCUGUAUUCAAAGCCUGCGUUCUUGGGAACCGUUAUACUUUCAGAUGAACCAACACAGGCUGUGAACGUCAAUCCACGUACGACAAUCGACAACCUAGAAGAAGAUAACUCCAGUUCAGAGUGCAAUUCCUCAAAUGACCCAUCACCCGCUCUUCAAACCUUUGAGGACCCAUGGGUCCCACGGAGCUGCACCCCACCUGGUCACAAAGAAAUACUCACAACCUUUGAACCAUUAGCUUUAACUCCUACCUCCAACGACACCCCUGAUCCAACCCUAGGUCUCUGUUGUGAACAAAGGAGGGAGAGAGAAACCGUAGGAAGCUCACCUGAUGACUCCUCGAUGAGUUCAUUUCCAAUGGCACUUGCCCAAUACAGCUCACCCUUGUGCAUCCAACCUCAUUUAAACACAGACAGUCAACUACUUCUCUCCAAGAGAAACUCCUCCCUCUCUGCCUCAUCCUCUUCAACUUCUUCCCUCUCUUCCUGCAACGCAUCAGAUGCACCUGCUCUUGAAACAAGCCCAAACUACCUUGCAGUCAACUCCGUCCAUUUAGUCAAGAAUCGUCCUAUUUCCCCAACCUCUCCUGCAACUACCUUGCCAUCCGCUGGUCCAACUUCUCCUUCACCUCAUUACCCACCUCUUCACUGGUCUUGUCCAUCUCCAUCCAGCGCUGCAUCCUCUUCUCUAGAACAUCACCCUUCAUCAUUUUUCUCCCCUUUGUCUCUUCCACCACCUCCUCCACCACUUCCUCCAAGUUUCCACCCUACUUUGUUGACCUUACAGCCCCCUCCUCCUCCACCUCCACUUCCUUCAAGUGUGCCCCCCAUACCAAGUACACAAGUGCCCCUUCCACCUCCACCUCCACCUCCACCUCCACUUCCUUCAAGUGUGCACCCCAUACCAAGUACGAAAAUCGCCCGUCCGCCUCCCUCUCCUCCUCCACUUCCUUCAAGUUUGCAUCCUAUACCAAGUACACAAGUGCCCCUACCUCCCCCACCUCCUCCACUUCCUACAAGUUUGUACCCUACACCAAAUACCAAAAUGCCCCCUCCUCCUCCACCUCCUCCGCUUCCUACAAAGUUGCACCCUAUAACAAGUACGAAAGUCCCCCCGCCACCUCCCCCUCCUCCACUUCCUACAAGUUUGCACCCCAUACCAAGUACCAAAACACCCCCUCCUCCUCCACCUGCUCCACUUCUGUCAAGCGUGCGUCCAGUACCAAUUCCCCACAUGCCCCCUCUUUCUUCACUUCCUCUAUGUCCUCCAUCUUCAAUACCAUCUGCAUUUUCAUCCUCUCUUAUACUUGUUCCAGCUGCACCACCUCCCCUUCCACAAAUGCUUUCCUCACCAAUAUCCUCCCCACAAUGUCCACCUUCUCACGACUCUGCUCCUCUUACUUCUAGCACCCUCUGUUCAACUCCUACCCCUUUUCCUCCUGUGCAGAAUCGUCCUCCUCCUCCGCCCUACUGCCACGCUGUCGGUCAGUCAUCACAUCACACUGUUUCUAAAACCUCUUCCACACCUACCAUCCCCGCCCUCCUUCCUUCAGGUACACAGAUCCCACUCACUACACCCUGGCCUGGCCCACUUAUCACUUCUCAAGCUCUGAAUAACAUUAAAUUGCGUUCAGUCAAGAAACUUAAUGUCAUGCCCUGUUCUGAUGGCAAUGUACAUGUCGAACCUGGAAAUACUGAUGUUUGUUCUGAAAACCCAGUACCCAGUAGUACAACUCCUUAUGUCGCUCAAAGUUCAAUGGAAAACUAUUUUACUACGAAAGAAAAUCCAAGAUCCAGUGACGCUAUUGCUGCUAGUAACGUCCAAACUACCAAUGACGUAGACAUCAAAUCUGUGUAUCAGAGCUAUAAUAGCUGUGAUAACACAUAUGUCAGAAAGCCUAAUGUUGUGGUUGAGUGUAGAGAGGAUAGCUGUGCUACUAUUGCUCAUGUACAGAGCGACGAAAACCUAACCUCACUCAAUGGAGUAAAAAUACAGCAUAAUUAUGACCAACAAGGCAUCAUGGUGCCUGAUGUGAAGCAGCACCAAGCACCAUGGAGUUACAGAACAGGACCCGCAGGUGACAGAGUGGACAGUGAUGUCACAAAAGUGCAGUGUCACAGGAAACCAUCGAUGCCUGUGCUGCCAAGGAAACCUAAUCUCUGUAUCCUCAGUCAUAUGGACAAUCAAUUCUUUGGCAAGAAUGCUUCAUCCUGGCACAGUUCAGGAGGUCGACAGUGUUCACGUGAAAGUAUGACUGCAUGGACAGUCUCAACAGCAAAGCUGGAGAAACAGAUGGGUACUUCACAGGACAUGAAGACGGACAUAUGGGAAGCCAGACAGGACUAUGACAGGAGCAAGCAGCCAUCUGAGUCGCCAAGAACAUCAACAGCACUCAAUGACCGAUCAAACCACCACACUGACACAGAGCAACGGUUGAGGAGUGUCAUGGCUUCAGUGGCAGAAGAAGAAGUGGAUGAGGAGCAGGCAAUGAUGAGAGUGAGAAGGAGGAGGAGAAGGAGCAGCAGAAGGCGGAGACUGCAGGCAAUGUCAUCAACCAUGGAAUCAUCUUCUUCAUCAUCUUCAGAGGACGACAAUGGCAGACCUCGACUGUCUGUCAGAAACAUGCAGGGGAGGUGCUUAUCACCAGAGCUGCUUAUCCAGGAAGAGGACAGCGAUAGAGAGUGUAGAACUUCGAAUGGUCACGUGUUUGAUUCCCAACGAGAGGACAACUUUACCAUCAUUCACAGUGCGAUCUGGCAGGGGAAGGCGUGAAGGCAAGGUGCAGCUGUUGCUGAGUCUGAAGAGGACGUCAGGAUCUCAGCUGCCGGAAAUGCAUUUGUGAACGACUGAGAACAGAGAUGAACAAUCUAUGCAUUGUCAGUAUUUUCAUUUUUUCUACUUGAGUUGCAAGUCUUGUAAAUAAUGAUUAUUGCUGAGAUUUUAUUUCUAAGAAUAUAUGAAAAAAAUCCUUUUCCCUAUUUUUCUAUUUCCUAUUUAGCAUCAGUGACAUUCAUGCAUGAUUAUUUGUGAGUCUGUGCUUUAUGAUUAAAGGAGUUUAUGAGUUUAUGAUUAAAGGAGUAUUAUAUAUAUAUAUAUAUAUAUAAUAAUUUCAAUGUAACUUUUGAAGACUUGAAUAUUUUUCUUUUUGCUUUUAUUUCUACCAUAAAACCAAUGACAGUGGAUUGUCAUUGCCUGUAAAGUCUGAAAAUGGCCUAUGUAAGCAAAUUUGGCACUGUAAUUAAGACUAUUGGAAAUGAUUAAAAAUAACAGAUGUCUUUGACUUUCAUCUUGUUUGUGAUGCUUUAACUCUUUGUCGCAUGAAGUAUGAAAACAUUUUUUUUUUUUAAUGUCUUCAAUGUCUUCAUUUUGUUAGACAAAAAUGACAGUUUGUGUGGUUUAUGUGUCUUUGACCCUGUGCUUAAGCUUGAAGCUAUUCAGUUGCAAUGAUGGUGAUGAUGAUGAUUAUAACUAUUAUUAUUGUUGUUGUUACUGGUAGCAGUAGUUGCAUCAUGAUUAUAUAUAUCAUAUGCAAUGACUUUCUCCCAUCACCAGUUUCUUGUCAAGCUCAAAUUCAGAUACUACAUUGUCUUCAUUGGCCGCAUCCCAUACAGUGACCACUAGAGGGCGAAGUGAAAAGCAUUAUCAUGAUACCCAUUGAUUUAUAGGCUGGUGUCUGUGCUCGGUG